AUACUCGAUUUUGUUUUAUUACGACUAACUCCCUCCCCGGUAAAACCCAAACCCCGCCGGCCACCGCCUCAGCCCUAUAAAAUCCAAAAGACUUUAUUUGCGAAGUAAUCAGCUCAAGAUUCUUGAUUUUCUGGACACCCUUUUACUAAUUACCUCCAAUGACAGAAACCAGAACCUGCGAGUUUGGUCAUAUAAAGAAGACCACCAUGAGUAGUGAAGAUGGGGUUUCUGGGUUGCCCUGUUUUGGGGUUGAAGAUGAUAAAGGUGGAAUCUUGGAAGAUGGGUUUGCAGAAAAAGGGAAGAAGAAAAGGAGAAUUUGUGAAAUGGGUUGGUUGAGUGAUCCAUUAGUUGUUCUUGGGACAGAUGUUAUGUUGAUGAUUUUGAGCUGUCUAGACGCACGCAGCGUGGCACUGUGUCUCCUUGUAUCUUGUGGAUGGAGGGCUGUUGCUUCUUCUGAUAAGAUUUGGAGCUCCAAGUGUGAAGAAUUAUGGCGAGGCAAAACACAUUUACCUCGGUUAGCAAAAGUGAAUGAUUUGUCGAAGUUGGUGAUUUACUCGCUGUCUUUAAUGGAUGGUAAACGUAAGCGAAUAAGAAAGGAGGAUUUGUAUGAUCAUGUGUGGGAGUUCCAUUUCACCGAGGCGGCUCCUGAGUACUGGCGAAUGCUCGAUCCCUACUGGAAUGGAACAGGACGUCCCCUGCGCCGUUAUUUUCUUCCAGAUGGAAGUCAGACUGCAGAACCAGAUGACAAGAUAUGGGGUGGUCAUGAGUCUUGCUACUCCAUAGUAACUAGCUUGCUUGCAGAUGGAAAUAUAAGAGAACACUACGUGAGGAUAAACCGUUGGCCGCCUAUGUAUGUGACAAGGAAGGAAGAUUGGAGCUGGGAGAUCUCUAACAACUUUUGUACCUACAAGAGUAUACCAGAUGCUGAUAAAAAAGAUGGCACUGGACCUUUGUUUCUACUUCACUAAGCCUCUACAGUAGUUUGUACUUUGAAGCCAAACUGUGGAAAUGUUUGUUUGAAUAAUUGUAAGGCCUUUUGUAAAGUAUAUUUUGUUGAUAUUAAUAAGUCUUGCAAGUUUUAAUUGUUGCUA